AGCUACCAGAGGUUUGCCAGCUGCUAUCGCUGCUUCUACAAGCUGCAGCCAGAGCUGACCAGGAGCAUCUAUGACCAGUUUAUCUCCCAACUGCAAACAUCCAUCAAGGAGGAGAUCCAGGAGGUGAAAAAUGAAGGGAAUCUGGAGGCACUCUUUAACUACCUGGAUAAAAUCGUGGAGGAGGCAAAGGACCAGGAAGAGCCAGCAUGGCGUCCGAGCGGGAUCCCGAUGGAAGAUAUCCGCAGUGCCAUGGUGCCAUACCUGCUCAAGCAUCGCUCCUACCUGCACAGAGUGCUCAGGGACAAGGAGGAGGAGAACAGGAAAUUGGCUCAGGCUGUGCUGGCAGGGAGGGACAAGAUCCUGGAGCUGCAGGAGCUGAUCCAGGCCCGGCAAUGUGCCUGGCAGGGGAUUACUAAAGAGCAGCAGGAGCUCAUCAUGACAUUCCAGGAGCCCCAGUGA